AUGCGGGGCAGAGAGGCACGCGGCCGGGCGGCGGCAGCGGCGAAGGGUCGACAAGAGGCGCCGGAGAAUUCCGCCGCUGCCGCCCUGCUGCGCCGUGAGGGCGAGAUGCCGUCAUCCGCGCAGGAGUUGCCUGACGGUGAGGGCAUGUUUCUCCUUAUGUGCGCGCCCACCGUUUCAACAAGCAAUGUGACCGAGGAUGAACAGGUGAAAAUAUGUGCCGAUGAGUCCUGCGCAAAGGGUCCUUUGCAGAGGACGCGCAAAAAGACUGGUUGUAGUAAGAAAAACAAGGCGUCGGCGACCAAUCACAACGGUGGCGAUGAGCGCAAGAGGUCAACCGCGUCUCGUGUAGUAUCAAAGAAGGGAAAAGCGAAGGCGGCAAAGACGAAGUCUGGAGCGGGUAAAGGCAAAAAAACACGGACCAAAAAGGCUGCGGAGGAGGAGGAGGAGGUGGUGGUGGCGGCGACAGACGACGCUGUGCCCGAUGCGUCGUCACUGCGGCAGUCGUCUGAGACCAACACCGCGCCGGUCUUGAUGCACAUUGUCUCACACACCAUCGCGGAUAUGCAGACGGCCAGGACCCUCCGUAACACGAAUGCGUCUCUCGUAUCGACAUCUCGGUCGGUCCCCAAAUGUGAAGACUCCAUGGUGGAAUGCACAGGCAGAAAAAUCAUCAGCAAUAACGCUGGUAGCAUCGAGGCUGCCAAGAAGGAAACUUUGGAUACGACUCUGCUCCCGCAGUGGGAGCCUAAGCCGCAGCGGUACUCCGUCAUGCCACCGCCAACAAUCCCACAGGAGUGCCGCAGGGAACACCCUCUGCAGGUGGGCAACGCGUCUGCCAGGCUCGCCUGCACUACGUCGCGUGCGCCCUCUGCACCUUCCGUCAGCCAAUUUUCAGUGACCGCAUGCACGACCUGCUCGAGCAACGGCUCUUCUCUUGGGCGCAGCGCACACACCUCACUCGAAGAGGCUCUCGAUGGGUUGCGCCCAAACGAUAUGUUAUACCCAACUCGGCAGCUUCUCACUCGUAGUUUGGCCUCGCCCAUGGAGAAAGAGCGAACUGCAACAGUUGUGUUUGACCUUGACGAGACGCUCUGCAACAACCGUGCCCAUGGCCCGGCGAUAUUGCGCCCUGGGGCUGUUGAAAUGCUGAAGCAGCUUAGGGCCAUGUACCCCCGACCGGUGCUUCGUGCACGCGACACACCGUUUCAGUCAUCUGACACGGCUAAAGUUCCGCAGGGAGUGCCAAACACCGCCACUACCACUACCAACAAAAACAACAACAAUGUGAAUACAAACAACACAACGGCUGCAACACCACCACCACCGUUUCAUCCCGUUGAUGGUGUCAUGUUGCGGCUUGAGAUAAUCAUAUGGACAGCUAGCAUGGAGGUGGUUGCUCGUCCUGUUAUCGCUCGCUUGGACCCAGAGAACACUAUCAUUGAUGACGUCAUCUACCGUGAUGUUCGCUGGUAUCGUGAAGGUGGCUACACAAAAGACCUGCGCCGUAUCGGUCGCCAUCUUGAUCGCAAUAUUAUUGUAGAGAAUGCCCCAAGCUGUGUCGCGCUGAACCGACGCAAUGCCAUACUUGUGAACGACUUCGUAAGAAACCGUGCCGACCGACAGCUUCUGAUCGUGCGUGCCAUUCUGCAAGAGUGGCUUGGAAAUGUCAACACUUUCCUGGUGCACCGAUAUAUUCGUCAAGUGGAGCAGAGGCGACAUCGCAUGGUGCAGGACGGCGGCGAGAGUCCCGAGCCAGAUCUGCCUGUACUCGCUGUGACACCCCGGGGGACGUCGCUACACAGCUCCUUCACGAGAACAAAGGAUGAUGCCCCGCAUUCGCUAUCAACUCUCAGCGGUGAGCCCUCGCUGGCGGAACUCGAGCUGGAGGCCUCUGCGAUUCAUUUUCUCACCCGCAACCCAUUUAUUUCACCAGGAACACGCUAUGUAAAACCCUCUGCAUGGAAGCAGGCAAUGAAGUGUAUUAACGUCGGCCCAGGCACCAAGGCGGCCACUGUCGGUGGUGUUGGUGUUGGUGGUGGUGGUGGUGAAGGAGGAGGUGUGGCAUCCGGGACGCAAACCACAACGGCUGCAAGACCGGCGUCGUCAACACAGGUGACUGGAGGGGGAAGGACGCCACAGGCAGCAUCAAACACUGCCCAGAUGCGUCUAGCCAUCAUGGCAAAACCGCGUGGUCACCGUUUGUUUGCCGACAUGGCACGUGCUAUAUGUGGUGGAAACCGCUAUGCUUGA